AUGGCGGCCUUUGGGACAAUCGAUCCGAAUGUCUUUGCCGUAUUACCCGUCGAUAUUCAAGACGAGCUACUUGCCAUUUACAACAAGCAUCCAAAUACCUCUAUAACCCGCUCUUUCUCGGCAUCAAAUGACGUUUUAAAUGCUUGGAACUGCCGUGUCUGCACAUUUCAGAAUCAUCCGGAGCUUUUGGAAUGUGAAAUGUGCGGUAUUUUAAACGUCCCUCUACAAAUUAAUAAUCUGGACACCGAAGUCAAGUCGGAACAAAGUUUAGGAUCAAAAUUAGGACGAACUUUACGUCAAUUGGGCGUGUCAUCCACCUCCGGUACUUUUAGUUUCUCACCAAAACGAGACAAUGCCGCUGAAGAUUUAUUGGUAACAGCUACAGGUACAUUACAACUAGUCAAAAAAGCUUGGACAAAACGACGAUCUAGGACCAAUUCCACUCUGGCUGGGAAGCCGUCCUUCCAAGCCAUGCAGGGGCUUACAGAAUUGCAAAAAGACCUGACACACAAGCUUGUGGCUGGAGACGAGUGGCUUGAGACGUCUUUGGAAAGACUAUGGAGAGUUAUAGGAGACAGAGAAGAGACUCAAGUGUUUGAAAGAAGUAGAGUGGAUUGGGUGGCAUUGGGAUUCCAGAAUGCCAGUCCAGAGACGGACUUUAGAGGAGGCGGGGUGCUGGCGUUAAAGUGUUUGCUUUACGCCUUUGAGGCACAUCCGACAGAGAUGAGAGCGAUUCACAUGGAACAGACGCCAGAUUCACAAGAUGGCAAUCAUAAAAAGAGAUGGUAUCCGGUGUGUGUAGCAGGAAUCAACUUGACAUGUCUGUUAGCUGGGCUAUUGCAACUUGGAGAUGGCCAGUUUUUGGAAAGAAAAGAAGUCUUUUGGCACCUUUUUGAAGAACCUGCAGCGUUUUACGAACUCUUCUUCUUGGCAUUUGUCAAAAUGGACGCGAUUUGGCACCGCCUGAAUGCGACUUACAUGGAGUUCGGUGUGGUGCUGAAAGUAACACGGAAAGCUGUAAUCUUCAUGCUGAAUCAAGCUCCAGCUACAUUGACGGAUCUACGUGAAGCUAGUGAUCAGGCAUUCUUGGACCGCUUCGUAGGUAGUCUGUCAGUGCAUUCGCUUGCUAAAUGGGACGGAGCCGACUGUCUGGAUCCAGAUCAUGCACUUGAGACGGAAGAUAACCUUGUAUUAGCGAAGACGCGUGCUACAACUUUCUAG